AUGACGACAAUAUGGGAGAGACUUCGUCUCUCAAAUGAUGAGAAAAUACCUCCUCUCCUCUACAAAUUCAUCUCGACCGCUUAUACUUACGAGAUCUACAUUACCGAUCUCACAAAUGUAUGGGCUGAACAGCUAAGCCGUCAGGCCAUCUUACGGAGAGCCAGCGAGGAAAACACAACCAUUGAUCCCAGCGAAGACGCCGAGCAGUUUGGGGUUCUGCUACAGAAGAUACGCGACGCACUCCACGGCGAGGCCGGAAGCAGCGCAACCCUCAAUCAUCAAUCGAGAGGAGACUCCCUAGAGCUAAUCACCUACACGGAACUACCUGCCCCACUUGAGCCUCUCAAAUGGACAUUGUGCUUAUCGAAGGAGCCUCCGUCGGCCUCAACAAGCCAGCUUCUCCUUCCCUUGGUCAUGGCCGAGGCUGACUGGGAAUCGCGCCAGCGAGCCCUCAUAGAACAGCUCUACAAAAAGGACUGGGUCCUUGGGAAGUUGUUCGACAAGAUCGAAGCCAUGGGGAUUGACCUCGGUACGAUAUUCCCGGGUACGUCGGGCCUGCGGACAGGCCGCAAGGGUACCACGCUGUCGCAGGCUGCUAGGUAUAUCAAAGGCGUUGCGCCGUUUGACGAGCAAGUGUGGUUUGAUGAAGUCAACAAGUCGUCACCUCAUUUGGGCUUUGCUGCCAACAUCGUGAAAGCAUUUACAGGUGCCAGCAGUACGGGGUCAUUUGAAGGUUUGGAUCCGCCUCCGGACGCGUGGUGGGAACAGGUUGGCACACACGACAGCCCACUCGCAGUGCCUUCGACGCGCAAGGAGCACGAUCAAGACGCUGAAACGAAGGACGUCCAAAAAGACGACGCCACCGAGACCAAUGCUGGUACAGAAACCGAGGAUGAAUUCGAGCGACAAGAGACGCCCCCUCGGCUCAAACGGUCAAGAGAGGCAGGUAGAAAACCAUCUGACUCUACAGACGAAGAAGAAACCGACGAGGAUACCAAAGAGCCCGCAAAGCCUCCACCCCAGCCAAAAAAGGCAGCCAAAGGCCUCGGAGUAAUUGGGGGAAGAAAGCCACCCAAGCCAGCUUCACCAGAGCCAUCAACACAGCCCCCAGCCACCACCAAAACCAACAAACCAUCCCACCCCUCCUCCGACGCCACCCACUCAGACGACGAAACAGACUCUGCCUCUGAUCUCGACGCACCCCCUACUCGUCGACAACCGCCAAAGCCGAAAUCUCCAGAAACCAAGACACACCCCAAAACCGGACUGGGCGUCAUCGGCGGCAGAAAGAAGGAAACGCAGAAGCCUUCUUCUCCAGCAGCUCAGAAAUCACCAUCUAAAACGACUGCCCAACACAGCAAGCUUGGCGUCAUCGGCGGCAGGGCCUCCCGAUCAGCAGAACCACGCUCUCCUUCAACGCAUCACCACCAUCACACGCCAUCUCAAUCGCCGUCACCACCACCACCAUCACAAACGACAAAAUCGAAACCAAAAACAAAACCAUCCCUAUCCCCAAAGAAAAACCAACCACAAGAUCCUCCCAAAGCAGAACCAGAACCAGAACCAGAAACAGAGCAGGAAAAAGCGGACAGGAAGCGCGAGGAGCUGAAAAGGCAGCUGGAGAUGAAGAGUAAAGCGCCUACUAAGAAAAAGAGGCGGUUUUAG